GUAUAGAAAAGAGAGAUGUGUCCUACAUCAAAAAAGUAAACGACGUAAACAGAAUCGGCGCAAAAGAAACGUACGUAAAAAGAAGAUUGAGUGUAUAAUCUUAUGUAUGGGCAUAGCCGCCUAAACGAAUGUUCAUCACUGAAGGUACAUAUUCUCCGUUGCAUGUGCACGGUAGUCGCUUCCUGAUUAUGGCACAAGACGCAUGUGACCCAGCAUCAGAAGAUGUGCAAAUUGGUGUGUUUCCUAGUGAUAGCCUCCGUGUGCUUGUCCGGUGCAUCAUUCUAUCAGUGCGGAAUUAGGAAGCAUGGUUUUCGUCAACUGAUCAGGAAAGGUUGGCAAGUGGAAGAAGGCCAUUGGCCAUGGCACGCGGCCGUCUUUCAGAGGCUGAGCAGUGACGAUACAUUCAAGUAUGGCUGCGGAGGUACUUUGAUCAACGAGAGGCACGUCCUGACGGCAGCGCAUUGCGUGGUCAAGCGCCUAGCUCGCAAUUCGUUACCUGCGAUUAUGUAUGAGAUUGAGCUGCAUUUCGGUCAGCGUAAUCUGUCGAAAGUGACCGAUAAGGAUGUGAUUCGUGAUGUAAGCCAGAGGCACGUCCAUCCAGAGUAUGAGCAAAAUAAGAAUGAUAUUGCAGUCCUGGUGAUGCGUUUGGCCGUGGAUUACUCCGAGACAGUGAUUCCAAUUUGUCUGGACCAAACGGAAGAUCUUGAUUUCCGAGAUCUGGAAGGUCAACGCGGCUGGGUCACAGGCUGGGGAAAAACCGAGAAUGGGACCGUAUCGGAUGUUCUUCGGACAGCUUCGCUACCCGUGGUUGGUUAUUUGCAAUGCCUGAAGGACGAUCCGCUGCUGUUCGGGAAUAUUCUGAAUGAAAAUGUGUUCUGCUCCGGAAACCAAAACGGAACCAGCCCUGCACCGGGAGACAGUGGUGGUGGAAUGUACAUCAGUGAUGGCGAUCGUUGGCUGCUCAGAGGAAUCAUUUCGCUCGGAAAGAUGAAUAACUUGAAACAGGGAAUCAACCCAUUCAAGUUCACCGUUUUUGUCUACGUUCAGCGGUACAUGAUUUGGAUUAGAGAAAUGCUCGCCGAAAGUGGCCCUCACUAGGCGAGCAAACAGAAGCGAAUAAGCGAGCUAGAAUGCGAACGGUUUCAGAGUUUGUCGCUAAAACUGGUCAACGGUGAUUGUCUGAACAACAGAUACCGACACAACGUAAUGUUAAUCGACCUAGACGACAAGGUGAUAUGCAACGGUGCCUUAGUGGAAGAGUCCCACGUCAUAACCACUUGCAGCUGCAUUCGAGCUGGUUUCGAGUAUGUAGGACACGCAAGAGUACGAAUCGAAUCGUACGGAGUGGUGGCCAUUUCGGAAAUGUUCUGUCAUCAGAAAUACUCCGAAGGCAGGAAGCACUUCGAUCUCGCUGUGAUCAGGUUGGAGGAGAAAAUUGUGCUUAGUAACACUCUGAUUCCCGCUUGUUUGGCAAGUAACUGGACGGAAAAUCUGAUCGACGUCCUUGUUAAAACCUUACAUGUAGCUGAAUCGAUUGGCGACCAAACGAUGCUAGUAAUAUCUACCGCCAAUAGAAUCACGUUGCACGAAAAAUGUGACUCCCUCCGUGGACAUUCGUGGUUCAACCGGUCUGAUCAGAUCGGUGAACUAUGCGUUAACAGCUCCGAUCAUUUGCUACACAAAACCAAUUCAAAAUUGCUAGAUAGUGCAUCAUCCGGUGCUUUAUUACAGACGUUCAACAAGCGAUCCUGCAUGCCGACAAUAGUUGGGCUGAAGGUUCAUAAUGAGAGAAUUGCCGAAUUUCCGGUAAUGUCUUGGAAUGAAAUCCACGCUCGGAUUUCCCACCAUUUGGACUGGAUUGAGCAAAGCAUCUGGAAUGCACCGCCCGAAGUGGAUGACAAAUGCUAUAACAGACCUAACAAUCAAUCACUUUUCGGAAGGGAAAGAAGUGUGGCGAUAUACCAUCGGAAUCCCAACACCAAUGCUCUUGAACAAACAUGCAGUGGAACUCUAAUCAGCAUAAAGCACGUCCUAACGAUUUCGCAGUGCGUCCUGAAUCACACCACCGGCAGACCGUUUCCGGAGAAUACAUUGGAAGUGCACUUCGGAUGGAGCCACUUGGACCAACGUAGCGUAAACGAGCAAACACGAUACGUUAGCGAAGUUCAUGUACACACGAAACAUUCCGUCAACGAUAUGGUCAUACUGGUGACGAGCUGGCCAGUAAGAAUAACACCUUAUGUGACGCACAGCUGUUUCCUGAGGGACUCAUACAAUCCGACAUCCGUGGAACGGAAUGUCUUCUUCACCGGCUUUCCAAACGAUGGAUUUCAAUUACAGAAUAUCCGUAUCCUCGAUCGCCAGGAGUGCUCCACAGUCGGCGUAAGCGUCCAUCCAAAUCAGUGUUGUUUCAGCUGUCCCGAAGGUUUUUCUGCUUCCGGACUAGCUGAGAAGUCCAGCAUUUCCACUAACCUUGGUUCCGGAAUGAUCAGUAGCUACGAGGGUAUGUCGUGGGCAUUCCUAGGAAUUGUAGCAUCAGAAGUGCAAGGCAAUGAUGCCAAAAACUACACCGUCUUGGUCAAUGUUCAACCGUAUAUCCCGUGGAUCGAUGGAAUCAUGUCUGGCGGAAAACCCAGAAGGAUCAGUGAAAGAAGGUGCGAACAUCAAAGCAGAUACACCGCGAAAAUCAGCGGAGUGUGUGACAAUUCUCGGAAUAGAUUGGGAUCCCUCCCACAUAUUGUUACACUUCGCGAUAAUCGGGACUCCGUUUGCCUGGCUGUACUUGUAAAAUCAAAUCGACUAUUGACUUCUUGUCACUGCUUACGGCAUCGACCAACGGAAGUUAGAUUCAGUCGAUACGAACGAAUCGCUAUUUCCAAAAUGAUCUGCCAUCCAGGCUACAAUUCCACCAGUUCGCAUCAUAAUUUGGGCGUUCUUGCUCUGGCCACUUCGGUUGCUCAUACUCCGGCCUGUUUGGCUAACAUCGGAACGGAAAAGCUCAACGACGCCAUGCUACAAACCGCGCUUUAUCAGAGGUCAAGAUGGGGAUACCCUGGGCCCGAAUCUACUUACGAAAACGUCGGCACGGAGCAAGAAUGCGACACAGUAAUGCCACCCCAUUACAAGGAUAUUUUCUUCCGACCCAGUCAGACUUGUGUGCUGAAUUCCCCGUUGACAAAGGACACAUUUGGCGGUAGUGUUUUGCUGUCGGUAGACAACCGUGCAUGUACUUUCACGGUGAUCGGCAUUGGAAGCACCACCGUAGACAAUACGGACUUAAGUUCGGAGCUUACCAUUGGUAUUGUUCAUCGCGUUGCCUACUAUCUGGAUUGGAUCGAGCAGGUCAUCUGGGAGGAAGAGUUUCCAUUGCAGCAGCACAACUGGACGUGGAUGUAAAAGGGGAUUGUCUUUAGAGGUCAAGACCCGCAUUAUUAUGUGUUUUAACUAUGAAACUACUUUAGGAUGUAUUGUUUUUACUAUAAGAUAAAUCAUUAUUUCCCAAAUAACUAUUUGGCUAAUGGGCGGUUAAAUAGAUGUGAUUACAAUUAAGAAAUGUUCAUUUUCUCGAAUAAAAAUAUUGUUGGAA